GAGGGAGGGAGGGAGGGAGAGAGAGAGUGAGAGAACAGAAUCGAACAAAAAUCUCGAAAGAUCGAGAGCGUAACCAAAUCCUUGAGAGAGAGAGAGAGAGAGAACAUAAUCGAACAAAAAUCUCGAAAGAUCGAGAGCUUACGCAAACAGUAUCACUCCAAAUCAUUUUCCCUUUUCUACAUACAAUUUUCUGUAAAACCCCUUAAUGAUUUGAUAAUUCCCCCAAAAAUGUUUAAUCCGUUUUUCAUCUAGGUACAAGGUAGUCGAAGCUCUAAAAACUACUCAUGAAGGCUCGCGUCUCAGCACCAAAGACAAGCGCUGCAAGUCUGCAAAUUGGAUAAUGGUGCAUAGAGCUAUCAUGGCUAUAAAAGAUGUGGAUGCAAUGUUUUCUUCUUUGGAUCCCGAGUACUAUGACAUUCUCAUGAAGGGCUCAUACGUCACAAUGGAGAUGGAAGGCUCUUGACAGCGACAGUGAGUUCAAGGAAAAUGGCGAUUUCAACAGCAAUGAGUUGAAUAUGGAGCAGGAAGAGGAUGACUUUGAUGAUGAGCACGUCGGCGAGGAGGAGGAAGAAGAAUCAGAAAAUGAGGAAGAAGAUGGAGAAGAAGUUGGGGAAGAGGAAAAUGGUGAUGGGCAAAACGAUAAUAAAGGUGCCGAGAUGGAAGAACUCGAGAAAGAAUACAUGAAUCUUCGUCAUCAGGAGCAAGAUAUUUUAAAGAAAGAUCUUAAAGGUCAAGCAGUGAAGAACCAAAAGGCUCUGUGGAACAAAGCUCUUGAGUUCAGAUUCUUGCUUCAGAAAGCAUUCUCAAGUUCACAUGGAAUCAUGGAUUACCACAGGUAUAAUGUUUAUGAGAAGAUAGUCAAUUUCAUGGCUCCAGAGACCAUGGUCAUUUCUCCUAUGCUUUCUUACCUCAAUAAUUUGUUCGGGUUGAAGAAGCAGAAACCAGCUUCCGUAGUGUAGUAGCGAUGCAAGGCUGAAUCAGCUGUAUAGUCCUUGAAUCUCAGGCUAAGAAAUUGUCUGCUGUUAAUUUAUUUGAUAUAUUAUUCAAUAUAAUAUCUGUUGCACUGAUAUUUAUGUAAUUUAUACAAUUUUUCAAUGGGAGCCGAGUCUUUAAGAAGUAUGAUUUUGUUGUAAAUGACAAUUAAUAUCUGUAAAUUUGACAUUUACAGAAAUAUUUUCCCCCAAUUCAAUGAAUUGAUUCU